GAGGCCGGAGCCGAGGCCGGGGCCGGGGGGCCGGGGGGAUGCGGGCUGUGGGGGUGCUGGGGCUGGGGGCUCUGCUGGCCUGGCUGCCCCCCGCCCCUGCCGACACCUUCUCGGCUCUGCGAAGCGUGAGGCAGGCGCGGGGGGCCGAGGGGAGGCUGCUGCGGAGGCUCCGAGCCUACCUGCGGGAGGAGAGCGCCCGCCUGCGCCGCCUGGGCAGGUUCUACGAGAAGGUGCGGGCGCUGCACCAGGACCCCGGCGCCUCGGUGGACAACCCCUUGCUGGCCUUCAGCCUCAUCAAGCGCCUCAGCUCCGACUGGCCCCGCCUGGUCUACAGCGACGAGGCCACCGAAAACACCCGGGCUCUCCACGAUGGUUUCAAGGAGGUACAGCAGGAGCUGCCCGGAGCCGAGGACCUGGAUGGGGCGGCGCGGGCGCUGAUGCGGCUGCAGGAUGUCUACGGGCUCAGUGUCAAGGGCAUGGCCAACGGCGUCUUCCAGCCCACCGGCACCGGCCGCCCGCCCCUCUACAGCCCCGGCCGCCGCGUCGCGCUCUCCGCCGACGACUGCUUCCAUGUGGGCAAGGUGGCCUACGACACGGGCGACUACUACCACUCCAUCGCGUGGCUGGAGGAGGCCGUCAGCCGCUUCCGCCUCUCCUAUGGCAGCUGGAACCCGGAGGAGGAGCGGGGCAGCCUGGAGGACGCGCUCGACCACCUCGCCUUCUCCUACUUCAUGGCUGGAAACAUCUCCCACGCCUUGACCCUCUCCAAGGAAUUUCUCCACUACGACCCCAGUAACCAGAGGGUGACGAGGAACGUGGCCAAGUACAAGAAGCUGCUGGCCACAGGGGGGGACCGUGCGGGGGGUCCCUUGCAGCGCCCCAACGCCACCCGCCUGCAGAGCCGGGACACCUACGAGGAGCUGUGCCAGAGCCUGGGGGCGCAGCCGGCCCCGGAGCGUCCCCCGCACCUCGGCUGCUCCUACGAGACCAACGGCAGCCCCUACCUCCUGCUGCAGCCCGCCAAGAAGGAGACGCUGCGGCUCCGGCCCUACGUCGCCUUGUACCACGACUUCGUCAGCGACGCCGAGGCCGAGACCAUCAAGGGGCUGGCGGGGCCCUGGCUGCAGCGGUCCGUGGUGGCCUCCGGGGAGAAGCAGCAGAAGGCCGAGUACCGGAUAAGCAAGAGCGCCUGGCUGAAGGACACGGCCGACCCCGUGGUGCGGGCGCUGGAGCUGCGCAUGGCGGCCGUCACCGGCCUGGAUUUGAGGCCGCCCUACGCCGAGUACCUGCAGGUGGUCAACUACGGGCUGGGCGGCCACUACGAGCCACACUUCGACCACGCCACGUCCAGGAAGAGCCCCCUUUACAGAAUGAAGUCCGGCAACAGGAUCGCCACGGUCAUGAUCUACCUGAGCGCCGUGGAGGCCGGAGGCUCCACCGCCUUCAUCUACGCCAACUUCAGCGUGCCCGUGGUUAAGAACGCAGCCCUCUUCUGGUGGAACCUGCGGAGGAACGGCGACGGGGACGGGGACACCCUGCACGCCGGCUGCCCCGUCCUGGCUGGGGACAAGUGGGUGGCGAACAAGUGGAUCCACGAGUACGGGCAGGAGUUUCGGCGGCCGUGCAGCCGUGAUCCCCGGGACUGAGCGACAUCGGGGGCUCGAGGACGCAGCUCCUGGCCUGGACGGUGUCACCGUCACCAGAGGAGGGAAAAGCCACCCCGGGGGGGGUUAUCCAGGAGGGAAGGGGGUGGCAGCGCCGGGGGCGGGGAUGUUUUUGCUCCCCUCCGAGCCGAAGCUGGUGAAAAUAAAAUCGAAGGAG